AUGUAUUGUACAUACUAAGACAAUUAAGCUCUAGCUAAUAUCUUUAAAUAAGUUAAACAUGUAGAUGAACAAAUACUUGGUUUCAUAUUAAAAAUAUUUCGAAAGGAAUAAGCUUAAGAUUGCGUUGGAUAUCUUUUAGAUCUUGGAAAUCAAAGAUUAUUAGAAUAAUAAAUAUUACAACAAGGAGAUUACUUAAAACAAGUUGAUAAGGAAUAGUAAUUACAUGAUGUUAGAAAUAACUUGAAAAAAAUUACUGAUGUGUUAUAAAAAAUAAAGGAUCAUGACUUCAAUUAGAUCGACUAUUCAAGUUUAGAAAAUUAAAAAUCUUUACAAGAUCUGAUUAAAUACGUCAAGGAUAAUAGAUAGAUCAUAGAAUUUUUGGAAUUUUUGGUUCACCUCACAUCCAUAGAUGUCACUUUAAUUCAAUGUGGAUCUAAUUCAUUACAUAUCUUAGUUUAGAUUAAGGUUGAUAUUAGAAACAAAAAUUUUGAAUAUAUUAAGAUUGAAAAUACUUCUUUGAUAGGAGCUAAUUUUGUUCGCUGUAAUUUAAGUGGAUCCUAAUUUAAUAAUGUUAUUAUUAGUGGGAUGAAUUUGAGUGGAGCUUUAUUAUUAAACUGCAAAUGGAACAACUUAAGAAUUGAGCCUGAAUUAAAAAAAUUAAUUGGCCAUAAUAGUUAGAUCGACUCAGUUUGUUUCUCUCCUGAUGGUACGACAUUAGCAUCUGGUAGUUGGGAUAAAUCUAUCCGUUUAUGGGAUGUAAAAACAGGAUAAUAAAAAGCCAAAUUGGAUGGUCAUACUAAUCAUGUCAAUUCAGUCUUUUUCUCUCCCGAUGGUAAUACAUUAGCAUCUGGUAGUUAUGAUUACUCUAUACGCUUAUGGGAUGUUUAGACAAGAAAAAAAAAAGCAUAAUUUUGCGGCCAUACUAAGGCUGUAUUAUCUGUUUAUUUUUCUCCUGAUGGUAAUACAUUAGCAUCUGGUAGUUAUGAUUACUCUAUACGAUUAUGGGAUAUAAAAACAGGAUAAUAAAAAUUUAAAUUGGAUGGCCAUACUAACCCUGUCUAUUCAGUCUGUUUCUCUCCUGAUGGAAAUACAUUAGCUUCUGGUAGUGUAGAUAAGUCUAUCCGUCUAUGGGAUGUAAAAACAGGAUAUUAACAAGCCAAAUUAGAUGGGCAUAGUAGAUGUGUGAAUUCAGUCUGUAUAUUUUCUGAUGGAAAUACAUUAGCAUCUGGAAGUUUAGAUAAGUCUAUCUGUUUAUGGGAUGUAAAAACAGGAUAGUAAAAAGCCAAAUUGGAUGGUCAUAGUGAUAGAGUUUGGUCAGUCUGUUUCUCUCCUGAUGGGGAUAUAUUAGCAUCUGGCAGUGAUGAUAAUUCUAUCCGUUUAUGGGAUGUUAGAACAGGAUAAUAAAAAGCUAAAUUGGAUGGCCAUACAUGUUAGGUUAGAUCAGUCUGUUUCUCUCCUGAUGGAAAUAAAUUAGCAUCUGGUAGUGUAGAUAAUACUAUCCAUUUACGGGAUAUAAUAACCAGAUAAUAAAAAACCAAAUAGGAUGGCCUUAGUAGAUAUAUGAAUUCAGGUCUUGUUUUCCCUGGUGAAAAUGCAUUAGCUUCUAGUAGAAAUGACAACUCUGCCUAUCAAUGGGCUGUUAAAAUAGGGUAAUAAAAAGCCGAAUUGGAUAGUCAUAGCGAUAUAGUUUGGUCAGUCUGUUUCUCUCCUGAUGGGAAUAUAUUAGCAUCUCGAAAUGAUAAUGAGUCUAUCCGUCUUUGGGAUGUUAAAACAGGGUAGGAAAUUAAACUUUCUGAUUAAAAUUACAAAAAUUGUUUAAUGCAAUUUAAGACACCUCUAUUUUUAAAUAAUCCUCUUUCCAAAGGUAAUAUUUUUAUUUUUCAUAUUUUUAGUCUCAAAUUACAAUACUAAUUUCUAUAUAUCUCAACAGGCAAUAUUUUAAGCAUAAGGAGCUUUAAUACUUAAAGGAGAAUUUAUUAAUCAAUAUGGUAUUGAUUUAAAGACUUUAUUUUAACAAAAAGGAAGUUUAUUUUUGGACAGUUUUUUACAGAAGUCUAAUUGA